AUGAAUACAGAAGAAGAACCACUUAAAAGAAAACCUAGACACGUAUCCGGGCCAUUGGCAUCUCCUAUAUUGCAACGGGGACUACUAAAAAAUUGGAGGAGAACAUUCUAUAAUAAUGUUGACUUGAGAAUUCGCAAAAUUAAAGAAGAAAAAUCUCCAAAAAUGCAAAGGAGACUCUGUAGAUAUUUAAAUUAUUGGGUAGAUGAUAGAAGGGAUGUAUUCAUGAAUUUAAGAAAACAAUUAAUUUUAUUGGGAGAUAUUAAUAAUCUUUGGGCAGAAAAUCAGAAUUGUGUAAUGGAAAAAUUAAGAUUAUCAAUCAAUGAUAUAUGUCAAAGAAAAGAGAAUAAAAAUAAUAAAGAUAUAAGAAAUAAACGGAAAGAUAUCGAAGAUUUCUGUGAGGAUAAAGAGGAACGUUUACAAGAUUUAAGUAAAUAUGUGACAGAAGAAAAAUGUACCGAUUACAAUAAAUGGUUAAAUGAGAAAAAAAAUUAUUUUGUAAAAAAAAAAUGGAUUAAUGAACAAAAAAUAACGUAUGAUGAAAAUUUGGAAAUUUCUAAAAACUGUACACUUAAUGAUAUGAAUACGUUUGUUUCUAGUUUAGAAUGUUCAGAAAUCAGUAAGAAAGAAAAUGAUUCUUGUGAUUCUAAAACUUCAAAAAGCUGUAAUCAAUCUGAGCAUUUAACUCCUAUUAUUUCUUCUGAUAAUAAAUCUGAUUACUCUUUAAUCAAAACAACUAUUGCAGUGAAACCAAAAGCUACUAAUAAUUUAUCUACCCCGACAAUAAGCCCCAAAACUAAAACUAUAACUAAAAUUACACCAAAUACACCAAUUAAAUCUACUACUCCAACAGAAGGAUCUACACAAAAGUUAACAUCAACUAUUGUGUCUAUACAUUCAGAUCCAAAUUUACCUAAACCUGAAGCUCUAAAAGCAAGUAAUUCUGGAUUUUCACAAAGAGGCAUGUCUCCUAUUCCAACAACAAGAUCUACACCAAAGUUAGCAUCAACUACUAUGUCUACACAUUUAGAUACAAGUUUAGCUACGUCUCCACCUCAAAUAGAAAGUAUAUCUGGAUAUCCACAAACAGAUGUGUCUCAAGCUACUCCAACACAAGGAUCUACACCAAAGUUAACAUCAACUAAUGUGUCUAUACAUUUAGAUACAAGUUUACCUAAACCUGCAGCUCUAAAAGCAAGUAUAUCUGAAUCUUCAGAAACAGAUGUGUCUCAAGCUACUCCAACACAAGGAUCUACACCAAAGUUAACAUUAAAUAAUGUGUCUAUACAUUUAGAUACAAGUUUACCUAAACCUGCAGCUCUAAAAGCAAGCAUAUCUGAAUCUUCAGAAACAGAUGUGUCUCCAGCUACUCCAACACCUGGAUUUAACAUUACUUUACCAUCUAUUGACAUUCCUACAAAUAAUCACACAACUAUUGAAGAACCUAGAACUAAUUCCACAUCAUCUUCUAACACUACUUUAAAUUUACUGUCAAAUUCAUCUACAUCGGUAAAUGUAAAUUCAACUCAACCAGAAACUAUGUUUAUAACUACUGUAUCAUCUGAAAAUUCAUCCAUACCUACACAUACUAUCGCACAUCCAAAUAUAUCGGCAAAUUUAUCUAUAACUGAAAACACAAAUGCAAAUACAUCUUCAAAUUUAUCUACAUUAACGUUCACAAAUUCAAGUAUAUCUGCAGUCAAAUCAACUACAUCUAAAACUAUUCUAACACCUGAAACUAAACCACAAACAAAAAAUAUGCCUCCUCAUGCAGCUAAAUUGACAUAUGCAACUGAAUCUGUAUUAUCUGCAUCUAUAAAUACAACUAAGACUACUUCAAAUACUAUGAAGUACAAUUCCACUUUUAAUAUUGACAAAUGUACAUUGGAAUCAUGUAUGAAUAAUUCUCUUACAUCUACAAAUACUUAUUUAAAUGAAAAUCAUACUAAUAAUGAUACAUUAAAUAUUACAUCUAAUGGAAUUCCAGCUACUCCUCCAUUAAUAGUACAAAAUGGUACUACAAAUGUACCUUCUAAUAAUUGUAACAAUUCCAUAUGUAAAUCAGCUUUCCCUUCGUUAAUUGUCUUUCCAGUGUGUGCAUCACUUUUAUUAAUUAUUUUCCUUUUCGUUAUUCUUUAUAAGUAUAAUCCUAUUAGACUUCUACCUAGUGGUAAAGGAUCAAAGAAAAAGAAAAAGCAAAUAAAAAGGAAAAAUGAAGAAGGUUUAACGAAUUUAAUGACAAUGCCUUUAAAUAUUCCAUAUGAAUUACUAGAAAGUAAUAUUCAACCCAAUAAUGCAUGUAAAAGAACAAAUAAUUCAUUGUGCAAAAUUGUAUUUGAAGAUGACUUAAACAAUGCACUUACAGAGAAAUCAGAAGAAAAUCAAAUAAAUAUAAAAACAAAAAGUGAUAAUACAUUAACGAGAGAACAAUUAAAGUGGAAGAUUAUAUUAGAAACACAUAUGAUGGCAAUAGACGAAUGUAAAAAGGAGGAAUGGGAAAAGAGCAGGAGCAUAUUUUUUGAAAUUUGUUUGGAAGAAUUAAAAAAAGAAGGCAUAUAUUUAGAUGUAACAAUUGAAAUGGAGAAAAAAGAUAAUAUUACUAUUAUGUUAGAAAAAAAAAAGUUUCUGUGGGAACAGUAUACAAAAGGAUAUGGGAUGAUAUUAGAAAAAUGGAAAAAGGAUAAGUGGUUUGAAAAUUUGAAGAGGGAAUGGAAGGCAGAGGAAGAUAACUAUACAGAAAUAAUAAAAGAGGAAAGGAUAAUAAAAAGUACAGAAAAUGAAUUAAAUAAUCCUUAUCUGGAAAGACAAAAAAUAAUAUGGAUGAAUUGGGUAAAAAAGCAUAGAAAAUGGUUGUAUGAUUCUAAUGACCAAAAAUGGUUUAAUGAAUUAUUAGAAAAAUAUAAAAUAGAAGAAGAAGAAAAAAAUAAUAUAGAAGAGGUAGAUAGUGAAGAAGGAAAUAUUAUAAUAGAAAGAGAAAUAAAAUCAGAUAAAGAUGCAAAGAAAAAUAAUUUAAAAUUGAAAUUAUGGAUUGAAAUACAUAUGGUGGCAUUAGAAGAAUAUAAAAAAGAGGAGAGGAUGAUAAAUAAAAAUGAGUUUCUUAAAACAUAUAUAGAAGAAUUGAAAAAUACAAUGAAUCCAGAAGAAAUAUUGGAAAUAGAAAAAGAAAUAAGAGAAAAUAUUAUGUUAGAAAAUAAAGAAGAAGAAUUAAAUAAAUUAAAAAGAGAAAAUUGGUUUAUUGAACUGAAACUAGAUUGGAAUAACCAUGAAAAGAAAUAUAUGGAAGAGUUAUGUAAAAAGAAUUUACCAGAAAAUAGUGAAGAAAGAAUUAAAAAUUCUAUGUUAUAUGAGCAAAAAAUUAUAUGGAAAAAAUAUUGGGAAAAAACAAAAAAAAGAUGGAUAGAAAAUGAAAACAUGGAAAAAUGGCUUAUAAAAAUGAUAGAAGAAAAUAAAAAUAAAGAUGAAAACGAAGUGAAAAUAAAAGAAAUAAUAGAUAAACGUGAAGAAUAUGAAGAAGAAAUAAACAUGAGUAAAAAAGGGGGAAAAGUAAAAGAAAAAAAAAUGAAGGACGAAGAGGGACAAAUAAAAAAUAAGAAAAGAUCUAUCACAUUGAAAAAAAAGCCAAAAAGGAAAACCAUGAUAGAAAUACAUAUGAUUAUAAUGGAAGAUUGUAAACAAAAGGAGUGGGAAUUAAAAAGAGAAAAAUUUUUGGAAAUUUGUUUGAAUGAAUGGAAAAGAAAUGAAAGUUCAUAUAGAAAUAUAAUAGGAACAAAAAGUAUAAUGUAUACAGAAGAAAGCAGUAUUAUUGCAUUAAAUAUACAAAAAAUGUUUUCUAAGAAUUUGAUGGAAAGACAUAAGAAGAUGUUAGAAAAAUGGAGAACAGAGGAAUGGUUUAAAAGAUUAAUGGAGGAAUGGAAAAAAGAAGAAAAUAUAUAUAUAGAAACAAUAGAUAGAAAAAAAUUCACUGAAGGAAUAGAUAACAUAAUGAAUAAUAUUGCAUUAGGGAAGAAAAGUGAAAUAUGGAAUCAAUGGAUAAAGAAACAAAGAAGAUUAUUUACACAACAUGACAAAGAGAUAUUGUUUAAUAAGCUAUUAGAUGAGUAUAAUGAGGAAGAAGAUAAAUAUGAAGAAAAUGAAGAACAAACAAAAGAAAAAAAAAUUAAUAUAGAUAAAAUGAAAGAAGAUCUAAAAAUAGUGAAUAUAAAAGAUGAGGUUGGUGAAAAUAUGGACAAAAUUAAUUUGAUAUCUAAAUUGUGGAUAGAAAUACAUAUGAUGAUAUUGGAUCAGCGUAUAAAAGAAGAGAUAGGAUAUAUGAAAAAAGAAUUUCUUAAACCAUACAUAAAAAGAAAAAAGGAAUUUGAAGAGUUAAGUGAACAUGGAAUUACAAAAAAAGAAAUAAAUGAUGAAGAAAAAGAAGGAAUUAUAAAUGAUAUGAUAGAGAAAAAGAAAGAUCAAUGGGAAUGCUGGAAAAGAGAGGAAUGGUUUCAAGAAUUGAAGUUAAAUUGGUAUAAAACAGUACAUAUAAAUGAUAUAGAAGAAUCAAAAAUAUUAGGUGAUACAAAAGGAGUAAUUAAUGACUUUAUAUUUGAAAGACAAGUGUUUGACAGGCAAUGGAUAGAAAAACAGAGAAAAUUUUUAAAAAAAUGGAAUAAACGAAGAUUAAAAAAAUCUACGAAAAAUAGAUAUAAAGAUGAUCAAAUAGAAGAAGAAAAUGAAGAAAAUAUUCUAGAAGAUAGUUGGGAAGUUACUAUAUUAUAA